CAUUAUUAUUGAUACCGAACAAUUUUCCUUAUAAAUAUUUUUUACUUUCAGAACCAAUAUGCGUGAAGUUUUUAGUUCCUAGUUAGUCGAUGAAAUGGAUUAUAUCAGUAUUCUCAUCACUGUCUCUCUGUGGCUUGGACUUGUCCAUAGCCACUGUCACAUAACAGAUCACGAAAGACAAAAUGUUCCAUCUAUUUACGCGGCAGAUAGUUUUCCAAAAUGCAAGAAAAGUGGCAAUCUAUUUUGCAGACUUCACGUCAGCUUAGAACCCCAAAAUAAUGGCUCCGACAGCUGGAAAAUAAUUCAGAAAUCCAACAGUCAUACCCACUGUUUCAACAGAAAUGUUGUAUACCGCUUCCGAUGUCUUUCCAGUAUACUGAAAGAUGAAAGGGAAAUGCAAACCACUGCUAUUGAAAAUGAAAACAAUUUACUGAAAAACUAUUCGCUGAGAGGUCAUUUGGAUGUAUUAAAAUGCAGCAACUAUUCAAAAAUAGAUAUUUUAACACUCUUUGAUUAUAUCGUGAUGUUAGCACUAGUUGGAUAUAUGACGACAAUAUUUUUGGCAACAUAUGCUGAUUAUUCUAGAACACACGAAGAGAAUGUUAAAAGAGGUGAUAACUUCCUUAGCAACUUCUCCCUCCGAAGGCAAUGGAACGAUCUGAGAAAACCCAUAAAUGAUCCUGAAUAUAAUAAAUUGAAAUGCCUGCAGGGAGUACGAACAUAUACCAUGGCAUUUGUUAUAACUGGACAUACCUUAAGUAGUGCGCUCUUUUCCUACGUGAAAGAUGAGAAAUAUAUAGAAAACUUUUAUGUGGAUCUAACAACCAAAGCCGUGGUUAAUGGAGGACUUCUCUUGGUGCAAAUAAACUUCAUGUUGUCGGGAUUUUUGAGUGCGAAAAUGAUUUACAACGAAGUUGAUAAAAGCGGAGAAGUGAAAUUUCAAUUCAUAGUCAAGAAAAUUGCCAUGAGAUAUGUAAGGUUAUUUCCCACGCUCGCUUUCAUAAUUUGUCUCGAAAUGAGCAACUGGACUAAAGUGUUAGUAGCCCCACCUCCAUUGGAGUCCUUUGACCUGGACCAUGCUGCUUGCCAGAAGAAUUGGUGGGCUUCUAUAUUGCUAAUCAACAAUAUCUUCAUAUCAACUGAUAUGUGCAACAUGGGACUUUGGUAUCUGACGAAUGAUUUCCAGAUGUAUAUUAUUUCGUUAAUGAUGUUCUACUUGAUGUUCAAGUAUGAUAUCGGACCAAAGAUGAUAAUAUGGGUCAUGGCAUUUUUUUGGUCGGUUACUUUUUGCUUGAUUUAUAGCUACAAUAUGGCGGUAUCGUACCCUUACUACGCAAG